AUGGAAUUUAAUAAUUCUACGAUUUCAAAUGAAUUCAAAAAUUUAAAUUCAAGAACGGAUCGAACGAUUCUAUCGAGAAGAAAACGUUACAUUGUAUUUCCGAAAGGUUCAUCUUUUCAGUUGGUUUUAGAAAGUUUGUCUCGCAUUCCAAGGCAAAUGCCACUUGUAUUAGGUCCAACAAUUCAAUUGGCAUGGCCAUUACCAUCAGGUAUACCUCAAACAUCUCGUAAAAUUAGGUCGACGAUAAACAAUGAAGAAAAUUUUAUUUAUGAAAAAAAAUCAUCAUUUACAAAAAAUAAUCAUAAUAAAAAAUACGAUAAAUUUGGCAAUGUUAUGAAAUUAUUCACCUUGUUUGGAAUAACUGUUGGUUUAGCUUGGCAAUUGCCAGACGAUCCAGCAAUAUUUGCAGAUCAUAAAAAAAAGCAUAAAAUAUAUAAAAGAAACGUAUUGAAAAAAAUGGAAACAGUUAUGGAACCGAUGGGUACUAAUGGACAACAAUGCGUUUUAAAAGCUUUAUGCGAAUCAGGUCAACGAACACCAUCGAAAAAAGAAUUUAUCGUUGAAAUUUUUCAUAAAAUAUUUUCGGUGAACCAUGACGAUGAUGAUGAUGAUAAUGAUACUCACGAUGACAAAAUGUACAAAAGAGCUCACAGAUCGAUAAAUCAAAAUUGCGACAAAUUGUAUCCGGAAUGUCCAUUUUCUAUUUUUAAAUCUUUACAAUGA